UGCGAUACAGUCAGGAGUGCCCUUCUGAUCUGCCCUCCGCCAGGACAUGGCCGACCCCGUCUCGCCGGCCCAGCCCUCCGGCUGGCGGAUCCCCAAGGCCUGCCAAGAGUGCAGGAAGCGGAAGAUCAAGUGCAAUGGCGUCAAUCCGUGCAAAACCUGCCAGCUGCGCCAUACCCCAUGUAUUUAUCGCGAGGUCAUCCGCCAGCGCAAGAAGAAACACCACUACCCGGAGUCGUCUGCCAGUGAUGCGUUGGCCUCCAAUAAUGGGGCCUCCCGGCCCGACUAUUCUGGCCCAUCGCCGCAUUCUCCUGGCCCGACGGACCACCACCACCAUCAGCAUCAUCAACAACAACCACCAGCACCACUAACACGACGGCGAAAUCCGUCCGUCAGCCUGACCUUCAACAACAGCGUUUCCGCCACGCACAUGGCAUCGCCAUCGUGCAAGGUGCAGUUGUACUAUGGCUCAACAUCCCAUUUCGCGCUGAUGCACGAGAUCUACCGCGGCCUGGUCUCGAACAACCAAUCAGCGGAGCCGCAGGAGCCCCAGGGCGAGGUCGAAGAAGCCAGUGCUGGCCUGGACAUGUUCAGCUUCCGCCGCAUCUUUUUCGGAACCCAGGCCGAAUCGCAUGAUCCGAACAAGGUCCCCAAUGGGCCCGAUGCGCAGGUCCUGUUCCUGCCCUACGAGCUGGCCAAGGACUUCCUGCACCGCUUCCUGGCGACGCUGUAUCAUAUGGUCCCCUUCUGGCCCAAGGACGUCUUUUACCAGCAGCUCGAGCACCUGUAUCGCCCAACGGCGGACGUCCGCUCGGACAAAUGGGCCCAGUCGAUGCUCCUGAUGGGCUUGGCUAUCGGUGCUCUCGCGACGGAGCAUCACCACUGGGGGGAUGUACUGUAUGACCGCGUAAAGGCGUCUACCACAUCGCUCGAUGAUGUGGUCAACCUUCAGACAGUACAGUUGUCCAUGUUCAUGGCGCACUUCCAGACCGAACAAGGGAGGCCGAACUCGGCAUUUCUUCUGAUGGGCACGGCGGCCCGGACGGCCAUCUCCGCCGGCCUGCACAAAGAAGCCCCCAGCGACGGUGGCGACGCUGCCGAUAGCGUCGAGGAACGACGGUGUACGUUUUGGUCACUGUACUUUUACGAAGUCUGGACCUGCUUCCACCUAGGACGGCCAAGAUCCUUGUCGGCCAAGGACAUUGGGAUUGCACCACCGGAGGACCCGUUCCUGCAGGUUCUGAUUCAUCUUUCGAAGAUCAUCACCCGAUCGGCCGACGAGAUGUACGGCCGGCGUCACGAGUCCUUGCUGCAGAUGUGGAAGAUUGCGAGGUCGAUCACAGAUGAACUGCGUGGCUACGACUCGAUGAUGCAGCAUGCCCUCGGGUUCGGACUCGACAAGCAGGUUCAACCCGGAAGUCUGGGCGUCAGACAGACCAUCCUAAUAACGCUUUAUUACCACACCAUCCUCUUGACAUUCCGCCCGUUUCUGAUUUUCCGGGGCCGGUGGCAUCGGGAUAUGAAAAUGUCCGCACACCGGGAGGGCGGCAUCGGCAAACGACCGACAGAGAUCCCCACAUGGCUCAACGAAGCCUGCAACCAGGCCCUCAGUGCUGCAUGUCGAACGAUCCAUCAUCUCUAUGAAGCCUCGAUCUACAACGACCUCGUUCGGGAACUCCGCUACCACGGGUACUUCUUGGGCAGUUCUAGUUUCGCCCUGAUCUACGACCUCAUGCAUGGGGAAAAUCUGGCGUGCACGCACCUGCCGUGGAUCCACGCCGCCCUGCAGGGCCUGUCAUCGAUGCGACCCGGGGAACCUAUCUCGAGCUCCAUGUCCGCGAUCUUGACCGUCCUGCGAAAGAUACACCCCUCGUACGACUGGUCGCCCGAGGCUAUUGCCAAAGGCCAGCCCUUCGGGCUGGAUCAAACCCAGGCCGCGAUCCGCCACUACUCCAGCGACGUCUCCCCGCAUCCACAGGGCCCAGUGCCCGAGCCGGUGCACGGAGGUCUGCCGGGCGGGGGAGGCCUUGCGAUGCUGUCCGAUUUCCAGGGCAACUCGCUGCAGGAUGGCAUCCGCAUGCCCAGCGGCAGCGUGGGCAGUGGCGAGGACCUGCUGGACUUCACGCAGUCCGACAUGGGGUGGGACUUUGACUUUUCCACGAUGGACCUGGAGGCGUUCUUUUCCAUCAACCCCACGAUGGAUCCGGCGAUAUUCUAACAAAGGUCUUCCCUCCAUCUCUCUCUCUCUCUCUCACACACACACACACCCUCGUCUGUUGAGGCAACCGAUCAGGUCAGGUCA